UCUGUCCCUCCCUCUUCUCUCCCCCCUUCCGUGCCGCCAUCCCAGCUGUCUUUCCCGGGCUGAGGCGCGGGCCCAGCGGCGGGCAUGGACAGCGCGAGCCGGGCGGGCUCAAUGAUUGUCCAACGGCUGGUGCCCAGUGUGUGUGAGAGAAGCAGAGAGAGAGAGCAGCAGCGGCAGCAGCACACGGACACACACACGUCUCCCCAGACGAACGGAGUCUCACACAGGAGCCCAAGAGCAGUCCAUGCCUGCGCCCGCCGGAACUUGCCAUUCGCACAAGGCAGCAGCACGUUGAUUACUACGGUAGCAGGAGCCUCAUUGCAACUCACUGCCCAUCUCUCAACCCCUCUCCUAGUCUGAAACCAACUUUCAAACAACUGCAGCCCUAUCAGCGUCCCAGGGGCCAGUACCAUCCGCCGCAUUUACCAGGGGUGUUUACAAGUGGCUGAAAUUGCAUCUCCGCGGCAUUGUCCUUUUUAACAAGAGAUCGGAGGACAGAAGACAUUUCGGGACACUUAACCCCAUUAGGGAAGGGCACCCGGAAAUGCUGCAGGUGUCCCGGUGAACUCACUUGUCGACCACUAACUCUAGACGCUGAUUUUAGCUCCUACGUGCCAAAUAUAGCGCCAGACAAAAGAAAAGCCAAACUAAUCCCCAUAUACUACAGAUACACACAUAAGUACGAGUCCUUUGUAGGACAUUUGAUAGUUAGUCAUUAUUCCCCACAACCCCCCGCUUAAAGUUGAACUGUUCCAAUGGCAAUGAGUGGCACUGAGGCCUGUCAGGAGUGAUUGUGAGUGGCCACAAAGACGGGCUGCUGUUGGGGGUAGGGAAGGAACAUCAUCUCGUCCCUUAUGGGAACAGCUCGCAACUCAGCAGCCCUGCCCUACCACUGACCCAGCGAGGCAGAGUGUGCGCAUGCGCAGCGCUGGACAGCUCCUGAGAGGGAAAUUUAAAAACGGUUUGGGGACAGAGAGAAAUCCCAUUACAAAGGAGAGAACACAGUGCCCUGGAAGCACAGAGCUGCUCACUCACUGCAGCUUCCCUGCUCACUAACCAUAACCAGAGACCUACGCCUGGGACAUUUAGGAAAUGAUAGACAGUGACAUAUCUGCUAUAAUGUCUGGGAUAAUAAGGGCAUCAGGGCAGAAUCAUCAUCCACAGAGCCAAGAAUAUAGGCAUUUGAACCCCUCUCAAAUGGGAGCAGAGGAACUUCCCAAUGACCUGCAGUCUCUGUCAUGGCUGACCUCUGUGGAUGUUCCCAGGUUACAGCAGAUGACUACUGCAAGGAUGGACUACAGUCACUCUUCCCAGAAUUCUCUGAUGCAGCAGUCAGGGCAUUUAUCAAGCAAUGCACACUCACCUGGAUCUAUGAUUCACAUUCCAGCAAGCAUGCAACAGGGGAUUCUGGGUCUGAAUACGUUAACAUCACAUGGGUCCAAUAUGAGCCAGUACAAUAUGGCAGGACACGUGUCUCCUGGUUUGCAGGCUCAGCAGCCGGUGUACCAACCUCAUUCACAGCAAAUCUAUGCACUGUCCCAGGGAUCCCAGUGUUCCUCUGCAAACUUGUACAACAGUUCAUACAGGGCACAAGCUCAGUUCACGCCGCGCCUUGCAGCUCAUCCUACACAGGAACUGCAGCCCAAGAGCUACCCCAAACCCAUCUAUUCAUACAGUUGCCUUAUUGCAAUGGCCUUGAAGAACAGCAAGACUGGAAGCCUGCCAGUGAGUGAAAUCUACAGUUUUAUGAAGGAUCAUUUCCCUUAUUUUAAGAUAGCUCCAGACGGCUGGAAGAACUCAGUUCGACAUAACCUUUCCCUAAACAAGUGCUUUGAGAAGGUAGAGAACAAAUUAAGUGGAUCUUCACGCAAAGGGUGCUUGUGGGCCCUGAACCCAGCUAAGAUUGAUAAAAUGGAAGAGGAGAUGCAGAAAUGGAAGAGGAAGGAUCUUCCAGCUAUACGUAGGAGCAUGGCUAACCCAGAUGAACUGGACAAACUUAUCAUGGACAGACCAGAGAAUUGCAAAGCUCCUAGUAAAUUGGUGGAAACAGAAGUUCAAGCUAUGACGCCCAUAGGAAACAUCCCGGGCAGGAUUCCUCAGCACCAUCCACACCAUGUCAUGACUUUGUCAUUACAGUCCAUUCCUUUGCACCAUCAGAUCCAGACCCAGGCCAGGCUAGCAUCAGCUUCUCCAGCCCCAGCCCAGAGUCCUCCAGUUCACUCUAUUCCAGACAUGACCCACAGUCCCCUUCAACAGCACAUCAUGAGCAGGGCUGCUUCAGACUUUCUCAGCCUCACUUCAGAUAUGAACACAGAGGUUGAUGCCCUUGAUCCUAGCAUCAUGGACUUUGCUCUACAAGGAAACAUAUGGGAGGACAUGAAGGAUGAGAGCUUCAGCCUGGACACAUUAGGGGCUUUCAGCAGUUCCCCUCUCCAACUCUCAGACUGUGAUUUGGGAACCAUUGGUCUGACCCCUGUGUCUAGCAGCGGGGAUCAUUCUUUCUCAGACUUUCAGGUUACCAGCCUGUACACUACAUAUCCAACUAUGGAAAAUGUGGCACCUUCCCAGUGUGUGACUGGAUCAGGAACCAAGCCUAUUGCUCUGCUUUAAUAGCAGGACACUUAUGAAUUCAAAGUCACUGUGACAACUUCUGGUUGUAUAUUGGCACUGUACUGCCAGAGAUGAACAUAAGCAACUGAUGGUGUUUAGGCUGGAUACUGGAAAACUUGCACAAUUUACCCUGCCGCCAACAAUCUGCAAAACAAGGAGCCUGCUGAACAACACAAAGCAUCAUUAUACCAUACAAUUAAAAUUGCCAUUUCUGCCUCUA